UGUCGGUGGGUGAUCAGGAGGCAGACCACCAGCAAUACCAGCCCGUGGUAGAUCAAGGCAACGACAGCCACCUCCUCCACUCGGUACAGUACAUCACCUCCACCAUCUAUUGUGUCACCAUUGGCUACUCUGGUGAUAGCUUCGGGUGCUACUCAACCACCAUCUAUUACGUCACUAUCAGUUGCUUUGGUUGCUACUCCAUCAUCUCCACAGCUUAAAGAUUUAUAUGCGAUUGCUAAUCCACUACCACCGUAGCUUUAGAUACAUUUAUAGUUGCUACUCCAUCGCGUUGUACAGGUGUUGGGAAUCCAGUGACUAAGGCUUCCGUCGCGACUGGACACAUUCACCUGCCGUCAGUAGGAUGACUGGAUAUGGCUUGCGUCUCCUCAAGAUUGAUCCAGCAAGAAGGUCCGGCAUUGGGAUCCUCGACUUGAUACCAUGGUGUAUCCGAGAUAGUAUGCACAAGCUGGCACCCAGUACAGUGACAGGUUGUGCAAGUAGAGGGCCAAGGGUUAGAGACCAGAUAGGGUUUGAGAGAAGGUGUGGAGUAUUUGGACUCAUUGGUCCCCUAAGCAGUUUUAGAGGAAGCGUGCUACUGCCUCUAGGAAUCGGCGCAGCACAACUAGGGGCGAGAGAUCGGGACCGUACUUCAUUUGGGGGUUCGAUCUUCAUGACUGAGCAAGCCAAGAGAAUGGCCGGAAGCUCAACCCUGUUGAGCUGUUUGAGGCCAUGCACACUUAGCAGACACCAGAUGGUGGCCGUCAGUACAUCGACUAGUGAUCUCAAGCUGUCGUUAAUCGGUACCAUCAGCUAGUAUAGACUGUUUCUCAGCUAGCUAAGGGAUCCACAGAGCCGCUAGAGCUAGACAUUACAAAGUUAUUCCUCGAAGCAGCAAGCGGUGAGAAAAAACACCAGGGUCUAUGCAAUGGGUGCUAAGCACCCUCUUUCUUCAGCCAUGGAUCGUCCUACAGCUCCACUGCCAAGUCUUAAAUGAUAAACGUCAUAGAUCCUCUGAAGACACGAGUCAUCGAGACUGUGCAAUAGGUGCAAUCUGUGUUAAAUGAGAUAGACUUGUCCGCUGCUAGGAGCAAGAGGAGGUGACUUAUGGUAUCCGUACAUAUGUCCAACAUCUCAUCCGAGAGUUCCCCACAGAGUUUCUGAUGCUCGACACAUCCUCCUCCGCCCUACCCUAGCAGCAACAUCAGCAGCAUCAAUAGGAUGACCAGGAUCAGCCGGUCACUGACUCGUAGUUUAGGUCUUUUUGUCCUUUGUGUAUUUUUUACUAUACACUACAAUAAACAU